UUGGGCGGGUGCGAAGAGGCGAGGCUCUGGGCGCGGAAGGCACAUCUAGGCACAGGGCAGAAGGGGUCCUGUCAUGGUGCGGAACAAGUGAUUGAGGGAGGCAGCGCUAUGAGGGAGAGGCGCGGCUAAGCUCUUGCACACGAGAGUCGCCUCUCUCGACACCAUGGACAGGGCCCAGCGCCUGCGCCUCAUUCUUCAGGGCCUCAUUUGGGCAUGGAUCUACCGGCAUACAGAUGCGGCGGGGGGCAGUCUGUUGGAGGCGUUGGGUGUGUCCCAGCAGCCGAUGGGCGUGGAACAGACCCGGGGGAUGUGCGACGACCGAGCAGGUCAGGGCCCCGACACCGCCUACAAGGUCACCAAGCAGACUGUCCUCACCGUCCCGACGGCGCAGCUCUUUAAAGACCAAUUUCCCGAAGACUUUAGCAUCAUGACCACCCUGAGACCCGACCAAGGCUCGAGCUCCGUGCUGUUCGGCUUGUACUCGGACGCGGGCGACGACCAGCUCCUGGUGGAGGUGGGCGACACCGUCAAGCUCUUCUACCAGGACGAGGAAGGGAGGCCCGAGGGAGGGAACGACCUGGAGUUCGGCGUCGCGAUCAACGACGGGAAGUGGCAUCGACUCGGGCUCAGCGUGAAGGGAAACAGCAUCACUCUACUGGUGGACUGCGAGACCAACACCACCUUGCUCCUCCGCCGCCCGUCGCCGUCGCACGUGUCCAACGCCGGCAUCAUCCUCCUCGGCCAACAGCUCCUCGAGGAGAAGUACUUCGCCGGCGACAUCCAACAGCUGGACAUCGUGUCGGGCCCGGAGGCCGCUUACGAGCACUGCGACUACUACAUGCCCGACUGCGACUGGGAGCUGACGGCCUCGCUCGGCGCCGGACACACGCAGUUCGAGUACGUGGACAGGACCGAAGAACAGCUGGUCUACAACGAAGAGGAAUUCGUGGCGGACAACAUCACGGAUUUGAACACCGGCGGGUUGGAGUAUCCUCCGCCACACAUCCUGCGGGGCCACCCAGGACCCCAGGGCCCCCCGGGACCCAUGGGACCUAAGGGCGACUCAGGCCGUGACGGGAUCCCGGGCACUGACGGCGUCGCAGGGCCGCCCGGACAUGUGUUCAUGAUCCCGCUCAACAUCGACGGGAACAGCAAGGGGCCGGACGCCAUGGUGCAGCAGCUGCAGAAGAUGCUCGCGCAGCAUAUGGAGUCCAUGCGCGGCGCCGACGGCCCCAUGGGCCUCACGGGGCUGCCGGGUCCCGAGGGCCCCCCUGGGGAGACCGGGUACAAGGGCGAGCCCGGAGAGGUCGGAGAACCGGGUCCUCGAGGCAUGCGGGGCAACAUCGGUCUGCAAGGCCGCCUUGGGCGCCGCGGCCGGCCGGGGCGCGACGGCGAGCGAGGUCUGUCGGGCAUCCCAGGGUCCAAGGGAGAGCCUGGUCUGCGCGGCUUACCAGGUAUACCUGGUGACAAGGGUCACCGAGGUCCCGUCGGCAUGACAGGACCUGUCGGUCUGCCAGGUCACGAGGGAAUGCCUGGCGAGCCCGGAACUCCCGGUGUCUCAGGUCUCCCCGGAGAGAUGGGCCCACGAGGCUUCAUCGGCCCCCGAGGCUUCCCUGGGCUUCCAGGUGCCCCGGGGAUCCCAGGCAGCGAGGGCACCACGGGGCCGAAGGGCAACAACGGCCCACCGGGACAACCUGGCCCGCCAGGCCAAGCCGGCCCCCUUGGUGCGAUCGGUCCACCCGGCCCACAGGGCUUAAUCGGUCCACCUGGCUCUGCGGGACCCCGAGGCAAGCCAGGUCUGGCUGGCCUUCCGGGCGCCGACGGCCUCCCCGGCCACCCCGGCAACCCAGGCAUCGUAGGAUCCAAGGGAGACAAAGGGCCGGUGGGACCUCAGGGUUCCCUCGGCUUCCCUGGGCCACGCGGUGUCAAGGGCGACCAAGGGAACCGCGGGAUGCAGGGCGAGAAGGGCAGCAAGGGCGACCUGGGCCCCGACGGAGAGAAGGGAGACAUCGGCCCCAAGGGCGAGCGAGGAGAGGUCGGACCCGAGGGACAGACUGGUCUCGAGGGCCCCGAAGGACCCAAGGGCUUCGAGGGGCCUCGCGGCGAGACCGGACCACCGGGCCCCAACGGCGAGAAGGGCAAGCUCGGAGUGCCCGGCUUCCCAGGGUACCCAGGCCCCCCCGGAGACAAGGGCGACAAGGGUUCGCCGGGGCUGACGGGCCGAACGGGUGACAAGGGCGAGCGCGGAAAUGUCGGGCUACCCGGCGAGCGGGGCGAACAGGGCCCCAGGGGUUUCCGAGGCUCCCGCGGCCGCCGAGGCAAAAUGGGUCUGAACGGCCCCAAGGGCGACACCGGCCAGCCAGGACCACCCGGGCCCAUUGGCGAGCAGGGUCCCCAGGGUCCAGAGGGCCCUAGGGGCUUCGCUGGCCCCGCUGGGCCACCCGGCGUCGACGGCAAGGACGGCAUCAUGGGCCCCCCAGGAGAGCGCGGUCCUCCGGGCGAAGCAGGGAACCAAGGAGCACCUGGGCCUCCGGGCGUGGUUGGUCCCAUGGGUUCCGCCGGCGAACCUGGCCCCACCGGAGACCCUGGUCCUUCCGGUUUAUCGGGCGUCCCAGGAGAAUCGGGGAGGCCGGGCGAGGCGGGCAAAGAGGGCGCCCCGGGUCCCAUGGGUCCUGCAGGAAAGACGGGCCCUGUGGGUCCUCCGGGUCCGCCAGGCUUCCCAGGAGAGCGAGGGUUGCCGGGCAUCCCCGGAGCGGCGGGCCUGAAGGGCGAGAUGGGGCCCCCAGGACCAUCCGGAGCCACCGGGGACAAGGGUGCCAUGGGCUUGGCCGGCGAGGCAGGCCCACAAGGACCCAUGGGCAAGACCGGACCUCGCGGCAGCCGCGGUUCAUCUGGAGCCAAGGGAGAGAGUGGAGAUCCUGGCGUACCCGGACCAACUGGGCGUGAUGGUCUCCUCGGACCGAGAGGUCUUCCUGGCCCCCCUGGCCCCGUCGGCGAACCGGGAGAGGACGGCGACAAGGGCGAGGCCGGUCCGCCGGGAGAGAAGGGCUUCAAGGGCGACAAAGGCCACCAAGGUCCCGCAGGGCCUCCAGGCCCUCAGGGUCUGCGAGGCGCACCUGGAUCCCCUGGAGCACCUGGCGAACGCGGCUCCCCUGGCGGUAUGGGCCACGCUGGCCGCAAGGGCGAGGACGGCCCACAGGGUCUUACUGGCCCGGCCGGACCACCCGGCCUCCAGGGCCUGCCUGGUCCCUCUGGCGUCAAGGGCGAGAAGGGAGACAUCGGCAAGAGAGGCCUCCCCGGCCCCCUCGGCCCCCUUGGCGAGCAAGGCGUCCCUGGAAGCAAGGGCGGCCCGGGGCUCCCAGGCCCCAACGGCCCCGACGGCCCCCAGGGUGCCAAGGGAGAGCCAGGCCAGUCCGGCCCGCCCGGUCCACCCGGAAAGGACGGCGAACACGGACGCGAAGGACCUGCCGGACCCAAGGGCGAGGAGGGCAAGCCAGGUCUCCAGGGAUCUCCGGGUAUUCGCGGACCGAUCGGUCCGCCCGGGCCUAAGGGCAACGUCGGCCCACCUGGCUUCCCCGGCGCCGUGGGAGAACCCGGCAAGCAAGGGCCCAAGGGCAACCCCGGCAAGGACGGCGACGACGGCAAAGUCGGAGAGCCAGGUCCCCCCGGGGAGCCCGGCUCACCCGGCCAGAUGGGGCUCCCGGGAAUCAACGGAAAGCCGGGUCCCGAGGGGCCGGCUGGCGUGCAGGGGCCCCCUGGGCAGCCGGGAGAGAAGGGAGACACUGGUGCGACUGGACCUUUGGGGCCUCCGGGUGCCACUGGGCCUCAAGGUCUUCCUGGACCUCAGGGGUUGCCUGGUCUGCGAGGAUCUCCUGGACCUGCUGGCGACCUGGGUCUUCCGGGCAAGGACGGCGCCCCAGGGCAGCCGGGUCUUCCAGGUCUCCAGGGUCUCAAGGGCCAAAAGGGCUCCCGAGGCCGCCGAGGGCCGAAGGGGCACCGCGGAGAGAUUGGCAUUUCCGGCCCCAAGGGCGACAUGGGCGAGAAGGGAGAGCCCGGCAAGAACGGGCCUCAAGGUCCUUCUGGCUUCAAGGGCGAACCCGGGCCUUUGGGCAUCUUAGGCAUGAAGGGUUCGGAUGGACCCCAGGGUCUGCCAGGUGACAUCGGACCUCCCGGGCCCAAGGGCGUGCCUGGAGCAACUGGCCCCAAAGGAGAACAGGGUCCUUCAGGUCCUCCAGGUCCUCCGGGUCCUCCAGGAGAACUACCACUACUUCCUCCGGAGCUCCUCUUCCAGCGCGACGCUCCCUACGACCCUGACGACUCUGGCCGCUUCAAGAGGUCGCCGAGAGGCUCGGACGACUGUAGGAUAGGCGAAGUGUGUGACGACACCCCUGAAGACGACAUCUCCCCCUCAGUACCCGCUGGGGGGAGAGGUCGAGCAGGUGGUAGGAGACGCAGACCGCCCUCAGCCGUCCCAGUGGAUAGACGACGCAAGAAUCGGCGGAGAGGAAGUUACAAGGAUAGGGAAGCUGUGCAGAGUGACGAGGACACCAGCAAGAGACCCGUCGUCGAGAGCAAGAAGCCCGUCGUCCCUCGCACCGAGACCGACGACUUCGACGUGACGAUGCUCGACAUGUACACCAACAUCUACACCAUGCGGCAGGACCUCGAGCGCCUCAAGAAGCCCAUUGGCACCAAGGAAAACCCGGCCAGGACGUGCAAGGACCUCUACUACGGAUACCCGAAGUUCAAGGACGGCUGGUACUGGAUCGACCCGAACCUCGGCAUGCCCGACGACGCCGUCUACGUGUUCUGCAACAUGACCGUAGAGGGCGAGACGUGCGUGUUCCCCGACGUCAGGUCCUCCAAGAUCAUCAACAUCCCCUGGAGGAGGACGUCGAGGAACGAAGCCUGGUUCUCCGACCUGAGAGGCGGCUUCACGAUCACGUACGAGACAACGGGCGUGGUCCAGAUGAACUUCCUGCGCCUCCUCUCCUCCUACGCCUACCAGAACUUUACGUACACCUGCGUCCAGUCCAAAGCUUGGUUUGACCAAGAGAACCUCAACCACAAUAAAGCCAUCAAGCUCAUGGGACAAGAUGAACAGAUAUUUUCCAUCGACACACUUCAGCCGAAUGUUCUCACGGAUGGCUGUGCUGCCUCGACAGGCGUCUCGAAGGACAAGUCCCGGACCGUCUUCGAGGUGCGAACGGAGACAAUCUCCCAUCUUCCCCUCGUCGACUUCCAGCCAACAGACUACGGCCUGCCCAACCAGGCGUUUGGCUUCGAGGCCGGGCCCGUCUGCUUCAAGUAGGAGCUUCGAACUCUCGUGCUUCACCUCGGCGCGCUUCGGGUCUUCGCUCCCGCCUCUGUCAUCGAUGGACGCCUCUUGCAACCCUCGCUCGACCUCCUUCGCCUCGCGCUUCGGGGGCCCACGCCGCCGGGCCGUGGGGCGCAGGAGACGGGUGGGCCUGGGACGUCCUGAAGGAAGGCCUGAAGGACCUGAGGAAGGACCCGAAGGACUUAGAGGCCCUGAAGACCAAAAGGAAGGUGCUGCCGAGGAUCCUAGCGAGGUCCCCGCCGUCGCAGCGAGCGCCGCCGCAGCCGAGGAAGCCGCAGCCGGUAGACCGUUAGCGCGACGACCAGGACGACGACCGUGGACACGCGUACGACCCUCGAGAUUGGAUUCCGACCGAAUGGCGACCCCCGCGAGUGCCCCCGACCCCCGCCUGACCACGGGGUCCCCCUCCAGGGACCCCACAGGAGACGACUGCGCGAUCAAUAGGAUGACCACGUUGAUGACCGACCGCUGUGUAACCCGGACUUACCGUAGUGAAAGCUCUUGCAGUGUUGAUGUAGCUAGCAGCAUCUUUGAAAAAAACCAUCCCGAGUUUCGUGCGAUGAGAGAGGUAAGGACCUUAGCGCUCGCCCGAGACGGCGCAGCGAAACCUCAGAGACGCGAAAAUGGUGUAAUUAAUAUAUGUACAAAGUGUAUACAGUUGGGAGUUUUGUGCUUAAUUUUUGUAAGCCACAAGAGUGUCUGUAGAGUCACUGCCAGUUCCUCUUCUCUGUAUUUUCACCAACUUGUCUCUUCUCUUUUCACAUGGGGCGAUUUAAGAUAUUGCUUUUAUUAUAAGAAUAGUCUUUUUUACAAUUUGUAUAAAGUCUUAACAAAAUGUUGGAAUUGUCCAAUUAUGUUUUUCUUAUUAGACAAGAAUGGAUCUAUUCUUGAAUAAUACAA